AUGUCCGAGUAUAGUUACAAGGAGCUAUUAAAGGAGAGCUUGAAAGGUAGUGAAGUAGAGAAUGAUACAGAUAAAAGAAAAAGGAGGAAGACUGGGGGACAAUACAAGUCCAAUGGGCUAGAUAAUAUAAAAAUAGAGAAUCAAGAAGUGAUUACGAUAUCAGAUAGCGACCAGGAAAGUGAGGAUAGUGUUAAUUCAAGUGACUUUGAGGAUGUUAGCUUAGAUGACGAAGAAGAAUCACAUGGUUUAAACCUAUUGCCUGAUAAUACAAAUGACAAACAAGAAUCUCUAUCUAUAACCAUAAACCCUGUUCAAGAGGAGGUUAAGAAGAAAAGAAAAUUUAAUUCCAUAUCUAAGAGUGAAAGGGAACAACGGAGAAUUAUACAUCAGAUGUACGUGGGACUAAUGUUAUCACAUGGUGUGAUUAGAAAUAGAUGGUGUAACGAUUACAAUUUAUUAAUGGAACUAAGAAAGAAUGUUUCGCCUCAAAUUUUGGAAUUAUUGCAUCAAAAAGAUUCAGAUGAUGUAUUGCCUCUUGUAAAGUCCAGGAGAUUUCUAGACGGGCUAAAGAAAUUGAUGAUGAUGUAUUCGUCGAACUAUCGAGUUACGUCUCAAGGUUUAGUUCGCAAAAAUUGGAAUGAAUUGUCAAUUAAGCAGUCGAAGAUCGAAGCUAAUGUUACUUUUAGUAAGUUUUUUAAUUUAGUAACAAAAUUUAAAGGUUCUCGCGAUAUAGCUGCACAAGGAUUUGUAAGUCUAUUACGAUCAGUCGAUUUGAAUGCAAGGCUAGUUUUUUCAUUACAACCUCCCGAUUACACUUCAAUUGCAGAGCUCCCAAAAAUUAAUAAUACGAAUCAGACAACUUCAACGCAUGAAGUCACGCAGAGCCCUUUACUUCAAAGAUUUGCUUCUCGAAAUAGUAAAAGGAAUCUUCUAGCUUCGAUGAGGAAAAAAUCUACUACUGUAACAAACGAAGCAAAACAUGCAAAUUACUUUGAAGAUUCAUCAUAUCCUAUAUUUUGGGUGGAGGUGUGGGAUAGAUAUGUUAAAAAAUGGGUAAGUAUUGAUCCCAUUGUGCUUCAGACUAUCGAAGUUUCGCCGAUGAGACGAAAAUGCAAAUUUGAACCGCCAUCUACGGAUAUGAGAAACCAGUUAACUUAUGUAAUUGCAUAUGAUAGACUAGGAGGUGUUAAAGAUGUAACUCGGAGAUACAGUCUAUAUUAUAAUGCUAAGACUGUUAAGAAGAAGAUUCAUUUCAGAUCUGAGGAAGAUGAAAUAUGGUAUAAUCGAAUACUUAAAGCAUCUUGUCUGCAAAUGAGAAAAAAUAAAAUUAAUAAGAUUGAUAUUUUAGAAUCCAAGGAAUUUCACACAAGGGAUUUAGCUGAGGGAGUACCGAAUAAUAUUGCUGAUUUCAAAAACCAUCCAGUGUAUGCAUUGGAAUCACAGUUGAAGCAAAAUGAAAUAAUUUUUCCUAAAGACGAGAGCAGUACAUGUGGAUUUUUUAGGAAUAAGCUGUCAAAGAAAUCGCAAGAGAAGGAGCUGACUGUUAUUCCUAUUUAUAAAAGAUCACAUGUUUACGGUUUAAGAUCCGCAAAGGCUUGGUAUCUUCGGGGGAGAGUGCUAAAAGUUGGGGUGCAACCAUUAAAAUUGAAGAGGAAGCAAACGACUCAGAAGCAGCCCUCUAGUGAUGAUGAUGAGGACGAAGAAACGACAAGGCUUUAUGCAGAGUUUCAAACUAAACUAUACAUACCUCCACCUAUUGUGCAUGGCGAGAUUCCUAAGAAUGCAUAUGGAAAUAUCGAUAUUUAUAGUCCUAGUAUGCUACCAGAUAAUGGAUAUUUGGUUGAUACUACAUUACAGUAUUCAAUGAAGAUUGCAGAAAGAGCGGCAAAAAUAAUUGAUAUUGAUUAUGCAAAAGCCAUUGUUGCAUUUGAUUUUGGCAAACUUGGCAAGAAAAAGUCUCAAAGCAGAAAUCCCACUGCAAGAGAGGGAGGGAUAUUAAUUGAUAUUCAGUUUAAAGAAGCCAUAUACUUAGUGAUGGAAACUCUUUUGGAAGAGGAAGAAAGCUUGAAAAGAAGAAUAGUCGAAUUGAAUUCAUUGAACAAUUGGAAGUACUUUUUGACGAAAUUGAGAAUAUCCGAACGAUUAAAUAAAGUGCAUGGUAAACUAAACAGUGAAGGCGAAGAAUCGAAUUUCACUGAUGAACUGGACGAGAAUGAUUUUAGUAUACAUAGUGACAAUUCCGGUAGCGAUAUAAAAGAAUUUGGAGGCGGUGGUUUUUUCAUUAGUGGUAACCCUGAGUCAAAUUACGCUAGAGAGAAGUAUGAACCAACACCUGAAGAUUUUGAAGAGUCAUAUGCAGGGAAACUGGGAGGAAAAGAAGGAGUUAUGGAAGCAAAUUAUAUGAACGAAGAUACGGAUUUUAUAGAAGGAGAAAGUGGAGGCGGAUUCUUUGUAGAGAAUUCCGAUCAUGAGGCUAAUUCGCGACCAAAAAUUGGUGAGCCACUGAACAACGCAGAACUCGAUGAUAUGCCUGAUUAUUACUUCAAGCAGGAUGAAAAUGGAGAAUUGAUAUAUGAUCCAUCUAGUGAUGGUAAUCAGCGUAGGCUGGAAUCUAGUAGUGCUGAUGGUACUGAUACCCCAGAGAAUAGACAUGACUUAUCGUUCACAGAUUUAUCUAAGGAAACUUCACCUGAUACAGCUUUAACCCAGGAUGAUACACACGAGGAAACCUCACAAAGGAUUAUUUCACCCGAAGCUGGUAAUGAUAUAGAAGCAACAGGAAAUAUGAUAGUUGAUAAGAAUGAUUCAUGCUCAUCAAGCUGUCAGAAAUCACUGAGUGAAGUAGAAAGUUCCCAAGUCUCCCUUGGGGAAGAAAUUGCCAAAGAGGAGCAAGUAUUUGGAUUUGAAUAUAGUGAUACCGAUUAG